UGGGCCUCACCAUGACCGUUGCUGUACUUUUAAUGAAAACAACUUGGUGGAUGGUGUUUAUUGUCUCCCGAUAGGACACUGGAUUGAGGCCACUGGGCACACCAAUGAGAUGAAGCACACAACAGACUUCUAUUUUAAUAUCGCAGGCCACCAAGCCAUGCAUUAUUCAAGAAUUCUACCAAAUAUCUGGCUGGGUAGCUGUCCUCGUCAAGUGGAACAUGUAACCAUCAAACUGAAGCAUGAAUUGGGGAUUACGGCCGUAAUGAAUUUCCAGACCGAAUGGGAUAUCGUACAGAAUUCCUCAGGUUGUAAUCGCUACCCAGAACCCAUGUCUCCAGACACUAUGAUUAAGCUGUAUAAAGAAGAAGGCUUGGUCUACAUCUGGAUGCCAACACCAGAUAUGAGCACAGAAGGCCGAGUGCAGAUGCUGCCCCAGGCGGUGUGUCUCCUGCACGCGCUGCUCGAGAAUGGUCACACAGUGUACGUCCACUGCAACGCCGGCGUGGGCCGCUCCACCGCCGCUGUGUGUGGCUGGCUCAAGUACGUGAUGGGCUGGAACCUGAGGAAGGUUCAGUAUUUCCUCAUGUCCAAGAGGCCGGCUGUAUACAUUGAUGAAGAUGCCCUGGCCCAGGCACAAGAAGAUUUCUUUCGGAAAUUUGGGAAGGUUCGUUCUUCCAUGUGCAGUCUUUAGCUGGCCCAUUUGCCUUCCUUCCCCCUCAGUUUCCUUCAGGAACCUGGGGUGAUGUUAGUUGAGUGACUAGAAGCAGAGUCUACAUGAACUGAAUGGACUCUGGGCCCAGGCUUCUCCCCCAAGCCACCCCUUUAUGCUUGGGGAUGAUGUUCUGUUUUGCUUUGGCUAUCUCUCUGAAAUAUUUCACAAAGGAAUGAAUGACCAUGAGAAGAAGCCCAAAGCAGGUAGGCUGUGCAGUGCUGUUCUAGCAACAGACAGAAAGGUGAUGAAUUUGGGUCCUGCUGCCUGCAGACACAUGUGCCCUUUGCUUUACAGACACUGCAUGUGUGGUGUCCUGGAGCCAUGACAACACUUUUCUGUUGCAUUGUAACUUUUUGGCAUGGUGGAGAAAAGACAGGGAAGUAUGUGGGUUUUAUCUCUAUCAUGUGUGAGUGUACACACACACACACACACACACACACAGCUUUUCUGCUGAACUGAAUGGAAAGUAUAAAAUGAGGGCUGGUCAGUGGCCAAAGGAGAAAGGGCAGUUGCUAAACAGCAACGGCUUCCCAGACCUGUGUGCACAUCAGCUUCACUGUGAUAUCGGUUCUAAGGCAUCACCUUCCUUAUCUUUCCAACCACCUUGUGUGGCAGUCCAAGUAAGUCAUCCUCUCUGUUUCUGUGAGUGAGGUUCACUAAGUGCAGAUAGUUUUCCCUCAGUCUUACGGCUUGCCAGGGUGGAGCUGGGGUUAAUAACCCAUGUUUAUUUGAUCCAGUGCUUUUUUAAAUACAACUUCUUGUUUUCCCGGCAUAGUGUAGUAAAUUCAGUUUCAUCUCUUUCAGUGUAAGGUCGAUAUCCCUGCAGGUAUGUCCAGAGUGAGAAAUGGAAUAGUGUUCUGAUCAGUUGCCAAGGAAUUUAGGAAAGUCAUUGUAUUUUGUGCAAGCUAAUUUAAAACACGGUGGGCUCUCCAAGGCCCGUGUGGCUUGAGUCAUAGCUCAUGAGAGGAACUUUAUUACUAAAAGAGCCCAAAGAGUCAAAGUAGCCAGAACAGAUCAUUGUCCCACAGCCCAGGACUGAUCCUGCUCCAGCCCUCAGUUCAGUACAAUACACAGUCACUGUGCCUCCUGAAUAGGCAGUCGACUCCCCCAGGUUCUACAGGAAGUGCAAAGAUCAACAAGUCUUUCCCUUCAGUAGCGUACAGCCUAGAAGGAGACCUGUGUUCAACCAACCGUAAUUCAGAAUUGAGUGCUAGGAAUAGAAGAAGGAUUUUUAAAUCAAAGGCUAGGUGCUUUAACAUCUUAUCCAGUUUUGUCUUCACAGUUCCCCAUGAGGGAGGUUUCAUUAUCUCCCUUAUACUGAUGGGGAAAUGAAGACUCAGAGAUGUUAAAUAGACCCUCCCUGUCACACCGUGAUUAAAUAGAUGAAAUGAGUUAUAAAUUGGGUCUAUCUGACUCAGUGCCCAUGUUUUAUUAUUAUUAUUAUUAUUAUUAUUAUUAUUAUUAUUAUUUUUCCUAUUAAGCUGCAGUGCUUAUUUGUUUUUCUGCCUCUUCCUUUCUCUCACAAAUAUUUAUUGAUAGUAUGAAAGAGUGAUUUAGGAGGGCCAGAAGAUAAGGAGACACGUAAGUUCCAGUAGCUCAGAGGAGGGAGAUGUCAUAUAACUGUGGCACUUGGGGGAGAUGACAUUUGCUUUGGGCAGAUGAGACAGACAGGACACAUUUCUCCUGUGAUUUUUGCAAAGUUAAAUUUAUGUGCCAGCAUUAGAUAAAGUGAAGUCAAG